AUGGCUACAAUUGAGAACCCAGCAAUCCCUAAGGGCUCGACGGUUCUCGUGACAGGGGCGAAUGGCUUUCUGGGUUCGCAUAUAGUCGACCAAUUCCUUCGCACCGGGUAUAGGGUCCGUGCUGCCGUUCGUGACCCCCGUAAAGAAUCUUGGGCAAAUGAGCUAUUCGGAAAGCUCUAUGGGAAAGAAAACUUUGAACUUGUUGCUGUACCUGCGAUGGACGUCGAGGGUGCCUUUGAUGAAAUUGUAAAAGGAAUUGAUAUCUUUGUGCACUCGGCUGCCGUCGUCACAUUUGAGCCAGAGGCAAGCAAGGUUAUACCGGUGACGAUUGCCGGUGCUCUGAACGCCCUCAAAGCUGCCUAUUCUGAGCCGAGCGUUAAACGAUUUGUGCUUACCUCUUCUUCGACAGCUGCCGUGGGGCUCCUUGACGAACCAGGGACCAUUGUAACGGAAGACAAAUAUAAUGAAAAGGCUAUCAAGAAGGCUUGGGACGGACCGCCAUAUGAACCCAGUCACUCGAUAAUUGUCUAUGAAGCCAGUAAGGCCCAGUCUGAGCAGGAAGUGUGGAAGUACCAUAAGGAACAUCAAGCGAAGCGCCCCGAUCUUGUGGUCAACACAGUUCUACCAAAUUUUAUUAUCGGGCGUUCUGUCGACCCUGUAGGCCAGGGAUCUCGCAGCACAUUCUCCUUGAUCCUUGAUCUAUGGAACGGGAAGAAGAACGAGAUGCUUGCUGCACUCCCUAGACAACACUUUGUUGACGUUGAGGACACUGCCCUGCUGCACGUUGCCGCAGCAGUCUUGCCGCAUGUUCAAGGCCAGCGUAUCUUUGCCUUCGCCGACGAGUUUAGCUGGGACAGAACUCUGAGCGUUAUGCGGAAGAUCGAUCCUACGCGAAAUCUUCCCGAGGAAUUUUCGGAUGGUCAGGGCCAGUGGAAUGUGAUCGUAGCUAGUUCGAAGGCCGAGAAGCUCUUGCAAGAGCUUGGACGACCGGGUUGGACACGUUUUGAGGAUAGUGUGGCUGCCAAUGUACGAGAUGCUUAG